CACACACCGCUCGUAAAGCACACUACGGCAGGAAGGAUCCAACGCGACUCCGCGUCGAUCGUAAACAUAGCAUGAAGUUGAUGAAGUUUCUGGAUGUAGACGGAGAAUGUGCGCUGAUCGCGACGCAACAGCACUGAGAUCAGAGACGCGUUCAUCAUAUCUCUAAGCUCCUCUGAACGCGUUAUUGUGAAGGUGUAUAAUGUUGAGAAGUGUGCUGACUGUGCUGCUGGUUGUGAUCGCUUCACCUGUUGUCUGUAUAGAAGACUUAGGCAGCACUGGUGACAUCGAGUGUGUGUGUGAGGGCUCGUUGUGUGGCGGUGUCCAGCGUUGUUUUGGCCGUCAGUGUUUCUCCUCGCUGUCUAUCCAGAACAGGAAGGCCCUCCAGCAGAAGGGGUGCAUUGUGGGUAGUGAUGAAGAGGCUGUGCGCUGCAGAAGCUCCCUUUCACUGUCGUCUGUGGAUACAGUGCAGUGUUGCCAAGGAACAUUGUGUAAUAUGAAUGUUACCGUGGAAAUGCCAAGCACAGAAGUGGCUGGAAUCUCCUCAUCAUCUGUGCAGCAGUGUGUGUGUGAGGGUGAGGAGUGUGUGAGCGGGCUGUCAUGUUGGGGCGAGAAGUGUUUUGCCUCCGUGAGUGUGAGAGAGGGGGUCCUGCGCUCUCAGAGGGGCUGUUUCAAUGACACCACCUGUGACACACCUGCCUCACCUGACACCAUAAUCAGCUGCUGUAUGGGACACCUGUGUAACGCCAACAUCACUUUACAACUGCCUGUCAGAGAUGAGGAGUUGAAGGCGGCUCCCACGGAGCACGAGUGUGUGUGCGAGGGCCGCUCGUGUGUGACGGGGAACCGCUGUAUGGGUCAGCAGUGCUUCUCUUCUCUCACUCUCAGUGACGGCACACCUGUGUCUCAGAAGGGCUGUUUUAAGGUGUACGAGCAGGGGAGGAUGACCUGCAAGACUCCCCCGUCACCUGACCAGAUCGUAGAGUGCUGUCAGGCUCACCUCUGCAACAUGAACCUCACUGUGGCACUUCCUGUACGAGAGGUGGAUGGCCACAGCUAUAGUGUGAUGACGCUGAUUGUGGUGAUCGUGGCUCCAGUCAUUGUUUUGAUCUUUCUGUCUGCUGUGGCGAUCCUGAUCUUCCGUCGUAUUCACCAUCAUCAGAUGGAGCGGCUGACGCCACGUGACGCAGAGUACGGCACCAUCGAUGGUCUGAUCACGUCUAAUGUGGGAGAGAGCACACUCGCGGAUUUGUUGGAUCACUCCUGUACAUCUGGCAGUGGUUCCGGUCUGCCGUUUCUGGUUCAGAGGACCGUAGCCAGACAGAUAACACUGAGCGAGUGUGUGGGUAAGGGACGAUAUGGAGAGGUGUGGAGGGGUCAGUGGCAGGGUGAGAGUGUGGCAGUGAAGAUCUUUUCAUCUCGAGAUGAGAAAUCCUGGUUCAGAGAGACUGAAAUAUACAACACUGUACUGCUGCGACACGACAAUAUACUGGGCUUCAUUGCAUCAGAUAUGACAUCACGUAACUCCAGCACUCAGUUAUGGCUCAUCACACACUAUCAUGAGAUGGGCUCGCUGUAUGAUUACCUGCAGCUUAGCAUGCUGGAUGCGGCUGCUUGCCUGCGGAUGGCGCUGUCCAUCGCCAGUGGUCUGGCACAUCUGCAUGUGGAGAUCUUCGGCACUCAGGGCAAACCAGCCAUCGCUCAUAGAGACCUAAAGAGCAAGAACAUCUUGGUGAACAAAAACGGCCAGUGCUGCAUCGCAGACCUCGGUCUGGCCGUGAUGCAUUUUCAGGACACAAAUGAGCUGGAUGUAGGCAAUAACCCUAAAGUUGGGACGAAGCGUUACAUGGCUCCGGAGGUUCUGGAUGACUCCAUUCAGACAGACUGCUUUGAAUCUUAUAAACGAGUGGACAUCUGGGCCUUUGGACUUGUGCUGUGGGAGAUCGCUAGAAGAACUGUUAGCAAUGGUAUUGUAGAAGAUUACAAGCCUCCGUUCCAUGAUGUGGUGCCGAGUGACCCCAGCUUUGAGGACAUGAAGAAGGUGGUGUGCACAGACCAACAGAGACCCAACAUCCCAAACAGAUGGUUCUCUGAUCCUACUUUAACAUCAAUCUCUAAACUGAUGAAGGAAUGCUGGUACCAGAAUCCAUCAGCUCGACUCACAGCGUUACGCAUCAAAAAGACUCUGACGAAAAUUGAUAACUCUCUGGACAAAAUAAAAGCAGACAUUUGAACUGCUUCCAUACGGAAGAUCUCGAAGGCCUUUAUCACGCCCAGCGGACGUCUCGUCUGGAGAAGACGCCAGAGAAAAGACACCGUCUGAGCUUAUUGCUCUUAUAGAGGCACAUCAUAUUUAUUUUGAACUUGCAGUGGGACACAUUUUGGCAUCCAAAGAUGGUGUAGUGGGCAUUUAAAAGACUACAGACAGUCUUUUGUCAGUGUGGGAGUUCUCUCUUUAAAGACAUAGGAUCUUUCACACAUUAUGUUCCAUAGCUUAAAGACAGUUACAGAAUAUACUAGACAUUUACAGUUUUCUUUUAAAAUGGCUUCACUCUAGUGCUGUCUGCAAAAUAUCAGUUUCAUUUAGCAAUAUUUUGCAUUCCAUAUUUGCACUGUUACAGAUAACUAAACAAUUUGCAAAUGGAGCCAAUCUAUUUUAUAAUGCAGAUGCACCAUAUCUAACUGCAAACAACAGAAAAGAUUCAUUUACUGAUGCAUUUACAGUAAAUAUGUUACUCAUUACAAAUACGCACUAUUCAAUCUGCCAUUUAGAGUUGUAGUUAUGUAUCUCAGUAACACUCUCCAGGCGUCUCAUGUUUAAUGUAUUCAGUCUCAGUUUUGUAUAUCAUUCAGCAUUUAGCAUUAUGUAUUUGUUUUUUGUUUGUUUCAUAUUCUUUGUUGAAUACAGACACUAAAAGAGGAAAAUGCAACUUAAAUAAAACUACAAGAUCCUGAA